GGGGAUGUUCCGGCCGCCGGGGGCGCGCCGCCCGUGGGAAGCGCGCUCCUAACGCCACCUGGGCGUCGCAGGGAGCGCUCGGCGCGGAGCGGGCGGCGCGGGGUCGCCGGGAACCGGGCAGAUCUUUAUGGUUAUGGCAAAACCUUUCAUCAUCAGCCGAUGGUAUAAUGGACUACCAGUUGGAUGAUACACAGUCGUCUGAAACAUGAUAUAUACUUCUCCUCAUCCGUGUCCAUGCCCAUAUGCUGACACAGUACCAGUUUUGUUUCCAAAAGUGGAGUUCACAGAAUUACAGUGUCUGAUCCAACUAGCUGCUCUGAUGAUCCUCACUGGACCAUACUAUGUCAGAGAGCCACAAUGAUCAUGCAAAAUAACAGUUCAUCCUCGCCCCUUUUUCCAAAUGUGAGCUCCUUCUGGAAGAGAGAUUCGCAUGGACCAGGACUCCUCGAUGAAGCAGCAUCACUCAUUGGCAGCUAUGAUUUCCCUCAGACCACAGAGAGUUUUCCUUUCUCCACUGUGGAAUCAACAAACAUGACCCUAAAUGCCACAAGCAAAGACCCUUUGGGUGGACACACUGUCUGGCAAGUAGUUUUGAUUGCUUUCCUCACUGGGAUCCUUGCACUGGUGACCAUCAUAGGAAACAUCUUAGUGAUUGUUGCAUUUAAGGUUAACAAACAACUGAAAACAGUCAACAACUACUUCUUGUUGAGCCUUGCUUGUGCAGAUUUGAUCAUCGGUGUUCUUUCCAUGAACCUUUAUACCACGUACAUCAUCAUGGACCACUGGGCUUUGGGAAGUUUGGCCUGUGAUCUUUGGCUCUCCAUUGACUAUGUCGCCAGUAAUGCCUCUGUCAUGAAUCUCCUUGUGAUAAGCUUUGACAGGUAUUUUUCCAUCACUAGGCCACUAACAUACAGAGCCAAACGAACAACCAAAAGGGCUGGGGUAAUGAUUGGUUUAGCGUGGAUCGUCUCUUUUGUUCUUUGGGCCCCUGCCAUCUUGUUUUGGCAGUAUUUUGUUGGGGAGAGGACUGUGCCUCCCGAUGAAUGUUUCAUCCAGUUUCUAAGUGAACCUAUCAUCACUUUUGGCACUGCCAUAGCUGCCUUUUAUUUGCCGGUCACCAUUAUGAGUAUUUUGUAUUGGAGGAUCUACAAGGAGACGGAGAAACGCACCAAAGAGUUAGCAGGGCUCCAGGCUUCGGGCAGCGAAGCAGAGGCGGCACGCUUUGUGCACCAGACAGGCAGCUCCCGGAGCUGCAGCAGCUACGAGCUGCAACGGCAGAACAUGAAGCGCUCCUCCCGAAAGAAAUACAGACGCUGCCACUUCUGGCUCACCAUGAAGAGCUGGGAACCCAGCACAGAUCAGGGGGACCAAGAGCAUAGCAGCAGUGACAGCUGGAACAACAACGAUGCUGCUGCCUCCCUUGAAAAUUCAGCCUCCUCUGACGAAGAAGACAUUGCUGCAGAGACCAGAGCCAUCUAUUCAAUCGUGCUGAAGCUUCCUGGUCACAGUGCUAUCCUCAAUUCCACAAAACUACCCUCCUCAGAAGAUUUGCAUGAGUCAGGGGAUGAACUGCAGAAAUCCGAUGCAGAAAUAAAGGAAAAGAAACCUAAAAAAUCGCACCCUCCCAAAGGUGUUCAGGACGGUGGAAAUUUCCAAAAGAGCUUUAAUAAGCUUCCAAUUGAACCAGAAUCAGAAGAGACAACCACAGCUUCUGAUGGCAUCUCAUCAGUGACCAAGACGUCGACAGCCCUGCCCUUGUCCUUUAAGGAAGCAACCCUGGCAAAAAAGUUUGCCUUGAAGACCAGAAGUCAGAUCACAAAACGGAAACGAAUGUCACUUAUCAAAGAAAAGAAAGCAGCACAGACACUCAGUGCCAUUUUGUUUGCCUUCAUCAUUACCUGGACCCCAUAUAACAUCAUGGUUCUGGUGAACACCUUUUGCAGCUGUAUCCCCAAAACUUUCUGGCACCUGGGGUAUUGGCUUUGCUACAUCAACAGCACAGUAAACCCCAUGUGCUAUGCACUGUGUAACAAAACAUUCAGAAACACUUUCAAGAUGCUGCUGCUGUGCCAGUGUGACAAACGAAAAAGACGCAAGCAGCAGUAUCAGCAAAGGCAGUCCGUCAUUUUUCAUAAGCGGAUCCCUAGGGAGGCUUCAUAGAAUAGUAUUUUUUAAACAAAUCAAAAAAAUAACGAAGCAGGGAUGUGAUGGGAUGGGACAGGAUGGGAUGGGAUAGGACAGAGGAGGAUGGCACGGGACAGGGCAGGAUGGGCAGGAUAGUAAGGGAUGGGAUGGGUUAGGGUGGGAAGAUGGUUCCAGGGUUCUGAUUCUAUAACAUCAAAACAUGAAAGCAGCUGCCAGGCUUAUUUAUCCUUUCAAUAAAUCCAGUUUAAUAUAAAAGUAAAUCCACAUUCAGCAAAAACUAAGAAACUUCAUCAUUUUUACUAAGGAGUGAAAGAUUUAAUAAAGUUUUCCUACGAAUUUGCGAGAAGCUGUAUAGCAAUUAUAAACCCAUUACUGAUCUGCCCAGCUCUUUGAUUAUAAUCAACUCUGGGAUCUCAGGUAAGCACAUCUAGCUAGCCCAACUCUUCUUUUUCCAAGGAAUCCAACAACUUUCAAUUCAAGUUACAUACAGAUGUAGCAAGCUAGUGAAACAGGAUUGUGAAAUUAUUUGAGACACUGUGUAGGUUGAAAAAUUGCUCACUGUUGUCCCAGUAGAGCUUCCUGUCUACUUCUCUUCUGGUAUAUUGUUAACUGUACCCCUGAUUCCUGGUUUCUGAGUAUCUAUGUGUGCAGCUGAUGUUAUGUGUGUGUGUGUGUGAGAGUGUGUGUGUAUGUAUGCAUAGAAUACAUUCACACCUCUGCAAUGCACACAUACCAGGAAAGAGGUGACCUAUUGUUCUAGGUUUUACAGGGCCUCCCAUCAUGAUUACAUAUGAUUGAAAUUUUCAAAAAGUCAGAAAAUCAUGUUAUGAGUAUAUGGCUCAUUAUUUGCUGUCUGAAAUUCAAGUUUAUCUCUGGAGCCGAAACAUGAUGUCCACAUUUCAAACUGAGAAAACCAAACCAUAGCCAGUGAGUUUACAGUUUUAUAAUGGGGUACUUGCCCAGUAAAACCUUAAUCUUUAGCACAGAGACGAUCAUGGCUCUUUAAAAGACACAAAGGGGAAAGGAAUUGAAGGCUACAUUCAGGGAAGAGCAUGAAGCUGUCUUUGCAGGGCGUAGGACAAUGGGAACCCAGAUCUGGGCUGCACACUACCGAUGCUCAAAGGGAGCUGCUCAGGAGCCAGGCAGGCACAACCAUCAGCAGCAGCCCCGUGUCCUGCUGGGGAGGCUGUGCUGCUGUCAAGGCACACGUGGCUCCUGCAACACCUUGUCCUGACCAUGGAGAUGCACCACCCUUCUCAGAGCCAGCUCAGAUCCUGUAUCUGUACGGCUUCCGAUGAAAGUUCAAGUUGUAAUUUUCUGACAGAAGUUGGUGGAGCCCACUGCUUGCACUGUCUGCCCAGGUGAUCUUCAGAUGCAAAUGAUUUGUUUCAAAGAAAUGCUUUAUUUUUGCAUGUGAAGGAUGCUCACUAAAAAGUGUUUGUUUUCCACAACCUGUUUUAAAAAUCAUCAGGAGAAGUGCACCUAAAUCCGUUUGACGCCAGGUUAUUUGGUGGUGUGAAAAAUGUGAUAUUGCCAAUUUGUUACCUGGCAAUUUUUGAUAAAGACAAUUUUAAAAGGGCUUUAAUAUUUAUAGUUUAGACAUGACCAGUAUUUCCUGGUAUUUGUGAUGUGGUCUGCACCAAACAUGAUUUAUAAAAGUCAGAGGUCCCCUGGGGAAAGGAUUGUACUUUAAACUGUUGCUCUAAAUCUGAUUUAGUUACAUGUUGAAAGAUUAUUUUGUAUUCUCCUUUGAACUGACCAAUUUUUAUUUUUUUUUUAAUUGCUUAGACUCUUAUUUUGCUGAAAAUAAAACAAGUAUCUUAUUUUACAAAGGGGCAUCAGUGUUGUGAACACAGAACUGAUGUUAAAGCUGCUUUUGUAUUCAGUGUGAGAUGGUGUUUACAGAUGAUUUUGACAACAGUGGAAAUAUAUUAAAUGGUGUCUGUGUAUCUGAACUAUUUAAUUUUGUGUUAUGUUCAUAUGAAGAAAUAUUUAUACAUAUUUCACCGAAUGUUUUAUUUAAUGUUGAUAAAUAUUGCUCUUCAGUCUUCAACUGUAGUGUCCUUUUAAAGUGAUUCAUAAAGGUCUGCUUGAGAAAUGAAUAGACUAUACCUAGCUUUCUUGUCAUUAAAACAAAUUCUCUUUUGUAUGAGUUAUUUAAAAUGUCUACCCUAAAGUAAUCUCAUAAAUUAUAUUCAAACUCUGCUGCAAGUACAAUUUUACUACAAAACAGAAAAGAAGUUAAAGCUUCAUCUAUGUCACAAGUGCAUUUUGAGCUAGAUACCAGAAUUGUUUUUCUAGUUUGCUAGCCACAUACAGAGGUACCCAUGUUGCAAAGAACACUAAUUACCUUUAUUCAUAGAAAGAUGCAUAUAUUUGAAAUAUAUUCAUUACUCAAGUUGACCUAAAACUGUUUUAACAUUUAAAUAUAUAUCUAUAUCUAUAUAUAUUGCCAUAUUAUUAUAUUCUGAUAUCUAGAGUAGUGCUGUGCCCCUAAUACACAAAAUGUGAGAGCAUGUAAGGAAGCCAGAGUUCAUCGGGGGAUUUAUGGUAUAUUAGUAUUGAUUUUAAAAUGGGAAACUAUUAUUUUUAUUGAAGUUAAGCUUCCUUGAAAGCGUCUGUCACCACUGUUUACAUAAUAGGAAGAGUUAAAUCCUUGGAUUGUUUUAACAGAGAAAUAAACAACCUGUCUUUUGAUGUGUGAACAGGCUUUAAAAUGUUAUUUACAGGCAUAAAAUGUGUAUGUAUACACAUAUUGUAGCAUAGAUCAAUUUAGUUAUUAUUUAUUUAAUGGAAUAUGCACUAUAAAAUAUUAAGAAUUUGGCUGUGUUACAAGUACAGUGGGCAUCAAUUUAAUUUGUAUUUUAUAUGUUUCUGUGUUUGCUUUAAACCCAUGCACACACAAAAUUUUAGCUGUAUGCACUAGUGGAUAUAUUAUUUAUGAACACAGGCACAUAUAAUAGGUUGCAGAAGAAGAACAAUGCAAGACCAGUGACAGAGAAUUAUUUUUAAGAAGUACAAAUGGUGUAAUAUUUCAUCUGUUUUGAGGAAAAUUAAGUCAGAAACACAGUAGAAAGCAUCAUUCUGAUGUCAGACAAACAGCUCAGUCCCAUUAACUCUCCUCAGAGCUCUGAAAGCUGGCUUUUCAGAGACCAGUCUCCACUAAUUGCAAUAAUACAAGAUUAGACUCCAUAUGAAGAGGACCAAAAAGUCAGAAGCGAUAGCCAGACAGGAGCCAUUGGGUAGUCUGGAGAAAGCUUUGUAGAAUAGACCCCAAUCACUGUCAGCCUCUGAACAGGCAACAAAAUACAUUAUAAUACAUGGCUGGCUUUUUAGUGGAAAAUUGUGAUAGAAGUUUAUUACUUCUGUACUUUGAGAAAUGUCUGAUCUGAAGAUCCGAGGACAGGGGCAGAGGUGCAUGAAGCAUUUUUUCCUACUCCUGCCUAAUACACUUCCAACAAAAGUAAACAGCAAAUCAGUCUGGCAGUGAUCUAAAGCUAAACAGAUAUAGGAAAGGCCUGAGUAGUUCCCAGGAUCUGAAUCUGUGGCUCUGUGCAACCUAAACAAUAAAUGGCUUGAAGGGUUCUGGCAGUAGGAAUAUGCACACCGUCUGAGAGAGCUGUUGGCUUUUCUCAAUUAUGUACAGCUUAAUUUUCUUAUUUUGCUGUCUUGAUUAUUAUAUUUAUUUACUUAUUCUGCAAGAAUAUUCUAAAAAUCUUGGUUCAUUAUCAACUUUCUAUAUCUAAAAAGUGAGUAGAGAUCUCAAAGUACACUUGGUUUGCCUGUACAGAAUGCAAACAUCAAAGCAAAAAGUUUUUAGCUUUUUUACCCUAAUCAGCGGCAUCAAUAAUUUUUAAAAUAGUUUUCAUUAUGCUACCCUAUACACAGUAGAGAUGGUCAAAGCAGUCAUAUUUAUAAACUAUUUUCACUCACCUCUUACCCAUCUGACUAUUUAUGCAUCGCUUUUCAAAUUUAUAUUUGAGAUUCUAAACCUUCAUUUUCCUCCAGAUGGCUCCUACAUUCUUAUGCUAAAAUGUGCUCUACAAGCCUGCCUUGUUAUCAGGUGUGGGUUUUUUCCUUUCACAAUCUCCCUUUGCCAAGCUAUUUGAUCUUAUAUUAUCAAAAGACGCUUUUACUAAUUUCAGGAGUUGUAUAGUGUUGAGGUCUGAUAGUUUCUUUUCUAAAAAUGUAUAAAACAUACCAAAAACAACUGGAGAAGGUUUCACAUUUGCCGGGUCCUUAUUGGCAGCAGUGGUCUGUGCCACAAAUGGUCUGUUCACCAAGGGAAUGACCUGUCCCUAGGGAUGUCCUCCCAAACCCCCACUAGCUUGAACUUCACACAGUUCCUGAAUCCUCAUGUAUUUUAAUGCAUUUGGAAAUUUAAAAAAAAAAUACAUAUUCAUUGUGGUAGUUCUGAAUAUCCUUUGGCCCAUGCAAACCGACUGUCCUUAUUCACAACCUGCUUCCACCCCUUGUGAUUUUCUAUUUUAUAUAUUCUUUUUAUAUUUUAUGCAUCUGCUCAUUCAAGUAUCACUGCACUAACUUCUGGGAGCAAGACAAAGUGGUACAUAUUUGUAGGUUGCUUCUUGUUAGCCUGAAGGGUAUGCAGAGAUGUCUGGUGGAGCUGAGGUGUUCAUAGUGAUGGCUGCUUUUUCUGACUCAUGCACUGCACUCCCAUGGUACCCAAACACUUCUGUUUUGAAGCUUAGUGGAAGCAUGCAUGAGAUUCAGAUUUUCAUGGAAUUAAAAACUUCAUUUAAUUAGGAUGUUCUUCCUUGUAGCAGGCAUAGAUCAUUUAGAGUAUCUGUAUUUUUCUACUCCUACAUUUUUGAGCUGUCAGAAAGAUAUCAGGCAAAAUGCUAAUUUGUAAUGAUACUUAGGCAUUUUUGUACUUCAGCUUUUAAAGUAAGGCAGAGAUAAUGCAGUUGUGCUAUUUGUUGAAAGCAAGCUGAGUAUGAAUGGGAAUCCUGCACUAUAUUUAUUUCAUUUCAUACACCAUGGCACUGCAACUGGCUGAGAUUGAGCAUCACAGUAUUUGAUGUCACUGACAGUUCUUCACAGUCUUAACUGGCAAACUCAUUACCCAUGCUGUACUGGCAUUUGGAACUUUGCUCUUCACCACUCACACUGCACACUCAAAAUAUAACAUAGAUUGUGUAUUUAUUUUUUUUCUUGAGAAAUAUCAUUGUAAUUAUUUCCAGAUGUGUUCCUAGAUGUGCUUGAGUGAUGUUUUGCUUAAUUUUAGAUAUCAAGAUGGCUCAAGAGAGCCAAUCCCUGUCAGGGGUUGUUUAAUGGAAGGAACACAGGUAACCUGGGAAAACAUUAAGAUAAGUGAUUCUUGUUUCAUGGCCUAUUCCAACAAGUAUUGUACAGUGUGUUUAUUGUACCUAUACAUCUCCAUGCACGAUGUAUAUCUCAGAAGGAUAACAUGUGUGUGACUCUACUGUGUGUGUGCAUACAGAGACUUGUACCACAUCUACAGCAAUGUUUACAGAUGUAUGUACAAACUUAGGCUGAAAUUGUCAGCCAGGGUAAACGUUGCCUUUGAUGCCUCAUCAGUUGUAACUGGACAGUGAAACUGUGUUUGAGUCUCCUCUGCUUAUCUGCAAGAAAAGUUUCCACAUCUUUCCUUAGUGCAUAUUUUAUGCAGUUGCAUUGUCAUUAUUUCUGGAUAUGGUGUUUUCAGUGUAUUGAGCUGGCUUUUUAGACAUUACCCAAAAUUUAGAAAUGCAUGAACAUAUUUCACUUACUGAGCUAUUGCAUCAAGGCUGCACUAGGCUUAACUCCAUUACAUUUCCCAAACUCAUGCUGCCUUUUUUUCAAAUUAAAAAAAAAAGCCUCUUAGAAUAGAUUCUACCUAGGUUCAUGUAAGAGAAACUCCUGUCUGUGUGAACAUCACUGCCAGUUUCUCAAAUUUGAAAGAGAAAUCGAGUCACUAUAAAAACAGUUUGAAGCAAAUGUCAUAAACAUAUAAAGGCAAGUUACCACUGGAAAUUCUUUUAAGAAUUCUUUUAAGGUAAGAACAGCACUCUUUCCAUUAGCAAUGAGAGGAAAAAAAAUUACCAUCCUCCCUCAUCCCAUCCUAUUGCUCUGCCCUUUAUGUUGCAUGGUGUAAUGCUUUUCAUUUUCCAGUCCCAUGGGUAGAAUUUUGCAGGCUUUAAAAACCUCAUUUGUCUGGUAAGACUAAGAAAUACCCACUAUAUCUAGAUCAUUCACCCCCUUCUGGGUUUUCAAACAAUAAAUUUUUGACUGUGUGAUGCUGGCUUAAGGGAAUGUCUUAAGAAAAUGUUGACAAGACCAUUCAAUCUAACGGUGGUGAGGAGAGGUAACUUCUUUCCAAGCUAGUGAAGCUAUAAAAUUUAUGUAACUUGGCAGAAAGUGUGGAAAAAAACCCAAGACAUUUAAAGGCUUUAUAGAUGUUCACAUCCUCAUUGCAUAAGGGUGAAUAAACACAUGUAAACAGUGCCCAAAAAAGUUCAGUGUAUGAAUGACUCUGUGGGCCAAACGCACGCGUCACCAUCAGCUACACUGUUGGCAGAGCACUCUGACACCCCACUCAGGCCUCUGUGGAGAGAUCCUUAUUAGAGCACUCUAGGACUAAAUAACAAGGCCUUAAUAUGUAAGUGGGGUUUUUUGUCAGAGCACAUGUGGAUUUUCCAGGAGUUUGAUGGGAGAUUCUUUCUCGCUCCCGGACCAAAGUUAUUUCUUGCACUUUCUGGAAUGAAAGUACUCCUGAAAUGAUCUGGUAAUCAUCACUCAAUCAUGCCUAACAAUCAGAAAAGAACAGGAUAUUGUUGUGCCAAGAGAACUUAAAUUUAUUUUUCAAUUCAUUCAUACAGGCAUAGUUAAUUUAUGGAAAAUACUGAAAAGAUCUGAAAAAUUUUGCACGAUGGUGGAAAAGUUUCUAGACAAGAAUCUGAUUCCUGAUGUAGUUUCAAAACAUCCAGUUGUUGUGAGCCUAUUUUUCUUCUGUAUUGAAAUUUUUGAGUAACAAAGCAACUGUAGUCAUUCCUGAAAUACUGCCUAAUCUAGAGAUGCCAAAGGGAUGAGGAAAUGGCCAAAUGGCCUUCCUAAUUUGUGCUUAAUGUGUCCACAUUAAGAUUGAUUAUUACCAUUGUGGCACAGAGUAAUUAACACCAUGGGGCAAAAGAAAUAAGCCAAUUUACUCUGAACUCUGCACGGUGCUGCAAUCUGCUUAUGCAGAUACAUCACAGGAAACAAGCCUGUGCUGUAUUUCCUAAUGCUCAGUACUUUUCUCCACUCAUUUCUUUUAUCCUUCACAUAGAUCACUCCCCUCCUAUUGAACAUACCUAUCACAUAUAUUUAUUGAAUAUACUUAUUGAAUACCCUCUGCCAUCAAUAGACAAAUAUGUCAUUUCUAUGCAUCUGCAAAGCUAUAUGAAAUCAUAUAUAGCUGGAGUUAAGCAGCUUUUAUCCUCCGUUGGCUUGAUUUUUUCUGAUACAGAAAUACAUUCCAUUUGCUUGCCUCAUAUCACCAUUAAUGUUAUUUAUUUUACAAGUGAUAUUAGAACCAAAACUUUCUAAUUUGCAGGCUGUAGAAGCACAUCUGACUAAAUGUUUCGCUCCUUUAUUCAAAAUUAGUGUGAUCUCUUGGCCAUAGGGUAAUCUGAACAAAAUCCUCUGUGUAAAGGGUAGAACAGCAUUUACCUCCUGCUCUUCCCCUGCACUUCACUGAAUAUGAUGGAAGGUCCUUUCAGGUCCUUUCACUUGUUUUCAAAACAGUCCAGCUACAUUACAUAGUUGCAUAUUUCUCCUGCUGUGAGACAGGAAGGAUCAGCAUGAAAAAUGCAUAAGACUUAAACUAAUGCACACAGGUGCCACUUUUGCUUUUGGUUUGGUUUGGUUUUUAGUCUCUGCAACAUGUAUUGACUGACACAGAAUCCAUCAUCAGAGGUGAGAUAUAAAGACUUAAGGAUGGACAGCUGCUCUCAAAAGCUGCAUAGGGCUGGAUCAUUGAAGUUCAUGUACUAAGUGCACACAAGAGCUCUUAGUUAAAGCUGUAAAAAGGCUGAAUAAUGAUUCACUGCUUUCCAAAAGAAGUAAGAAAAUGAUGAAUAUAAUAUGAAGUUUUGCAGUUGAAAGCUGUAGACGUUAGAAGAUGUCAGUGAAGGAGAUUUCAUUUUUGAAUAGGUGUUAUCCUUGGGUUUCUAGAGAUGUCCCAUCAUCCAGUUGCCUCUUAACCCAAUUCCUCCUGCCUCAAAGCUGACCAGCAGUCAUGGGACUUGUGCCUCACAGGAAGUUGGAACUCCUGCCCCUGCCACCUCACAGCAGGAAGGGUGUGGGACACACCAGUCAAGUUGUUACAAGAAAGAGCCAUAAGCUUCCUGCUUCUAUUUGGAGAUAGCGGGUAUUUUUGUGAUAGAAAUAGAGAUAACAUGGCAGGAAUCUGAUGAACAUAUUUUAUGUGUUUCCUGAUAUGUUCCUAUUACUUGCAAGCUUUCUGUUCUGCUGGUUAUGGAGCAAAACAAGUCCCAGAGACAAUAUCUGAAUACAUACUUUUAAGGCUUGAUCAUUUUAAAUAAAUUGACUUUUGCCUGUUGCUUUCUGAUUUUGAAAUAUAUGGAGAUAUUACAUGCAAUAAUUAAGCAUCUCAGAAAAAAAGGUUCAUGAAAAAUAAUUUGGAAUUUUACACCUUAUAAAACUGAUUUUCUUCAGCAAAACCAUGGAGCUGAAUGUGCUUUAAACUCAUUAAAUAACAGGAAACAGUGGAAAGGAGCCCCUCAACUUCUGCUGUGUUAAAAGACAGUGCUUGAGCAUUCACUCAAAAUCUGGUGUCUAGUGAUCUAGUCAUAGCUACCCAUUCAGGUUCUAGACAGAAUAUUAACAUUUUUUAAAUUAUUGGCCAAAUUGAUCUUUUUUUGCUAACACCUACCUUACUGUGCAGCAGUUUUCCGCCAAGUAAUUAAAUUCCAUGUCUUGGUAAACUCUCAGAAAGAAUAAUUGGCCCUAGCUCAUAUUGACAGCAGUUUGCAAAACACUAGCACAGUAAUUGGAAGAGUGGAGGCAGAUAAUGAUGAAGAGCAAUCGUUUUCCUUGGCUUCAGUGUUUUAUAGGAACCUUCCUUUAUGCAGCUAAUAAAAAUGAGAGUAAGAGAAGAUGUACUGAGAGAAACUCAAAUGCUUUGUUCUCCCCUCUGGCAUGACUGCCACCAUUGCAGUCCUGAGGGCAGAAGGUGCAUGGCUGUGUGUUGGUAGAAAAAUCAAUAUAUCGGUCCAGGUCCAGUGUCCCACGAGAGCUCACAUUUCUCCUUUCACUGCAUGGGUAUCAGCCCAAAAUGUGCUGUCAAAACUUGGCUCCCACUGUACCAUCACAGUGGAACAUUGUGCUCUUAAGAGACUUUCUCCUGCCAAGAUACUUUAACAUCUUUUUUUUUUUUAACUCUCCACAGAAAACUAAUCAGGUGGCACCUUCCCGUGUGGAAAUUUCCUUGCAAAUACAUUACUGUAAUCUACAAAUGAUUUUUACCCUGUAUGCCCCUGAUAACAAUUGCAUUAAUAUAAGCAGAUAAACUCAUUUCUUUAGUUGCUGCUCAUAGAGUGGCUUGCUAGUUAAGAUAAAAAGCAAAUUAUGGGAUAUAAAA